AUGUUCACAUGGAUUGAGCCGCGCAGAAUAGUCAGAUUUCAAUCAAACUUUGACCCUAGGCUUUUUUGGGCACUGACUGCACUGUACCCAGCAAGUCCAGGGUUUCUUCACAUUCCGAACACGGUGGGCCCUUCUAGUCUCACAGUCAUGGCCACCAAGAAGCAAUCCAAGGCGUCAAAGUCGCAGGACUCCAUCAAUGCGCGAUUGCAGCUGGUCAUGAAGAGCGGAAAGUACAGCUUGGGCGUGAAGACCACUCUGAAGACCUUGAGGCAGGGCAAGUCCAAGUUGGUGUUAAUCUCCAACAACUGCCCUGCAUUGCGCAAGAGUGAGAUCGAGUACUAUGCCAUGCUCGCUAAGACUGGUGUGCACCACUUUCAUGGUGACAACAACGAGCUGGGCACUGCAUGCGGCCGCUACUACCGUGUGAGCUGCCUCUCCAUCACCGAUCCGGGCGACUCAGACAUCAUUCGCACCUUGCCGGGUCAGGAGUGA